AUGAGUGAGAAGAUUGACGAAAAUAUUCCAUCAACUGCUGUUCUCGUCAAAUUAGGCGAAAAUCUCAGCCAGGCAACUGAAUCAGAUAGAAAGGCGCAAAUCAAGAAAACAAAUGCUUUAUUCGAGUUACACUUGAAGAAAGGUUCGAAUGAGUCUGUCUGGACCAUCGAUCUUAAAGACAAAGGUCAAAUCUACAAAGGUCAAGCGAAAUCUAAAGCCGACGCAAUUCUCACUAUUGACGAGGAAACAUUCAAGGGCCUCUCAGAAGGUAAAUUGAAUGGCCAAAAGGCUUUCAUGACCGGUAAACUUAAAGUCAAGGGAAAUAUGAUGCUGGCUACCAAGCUUGACGGUAUCCUUAAGCAAAAUUCCUCAAAGCUUUAG